UCUAAAGACGACAAAAAUAGCUGCAACACUUGUGCACCUCGUCUUGAACAUGCUCGCGCACAGGUGAACGCGUUUUUAUCACACAAAGUGUUUAUCGGACAUCUGACCCUAAAGCAAGAUGUCAGGUGAUGCGUGCACAAAUUCAUAUGUGGCUAUUGCUCUGAUAUCUCUUGGACUGGUGAUAUCUGUUUGUUUAAAUGUUACUCUCUAUUUAUUAAGAAGACAGGAUAGAUAUAAAAGAGCUAAUGAAGACCCUUUUGACUAUGGAGAGGAGGAAUUUCGUAGAAAUUCAAUUGACAGGUUUGAAGACGAUGAAAUGGAAAGACAGGAGAAUCCAAUUUAUGGGAAUAUCUGUUUAGAAGUAGGAGGAUCUUUCAGAAUGCCUGAAGAUGUGUGCUAUGAACAAAUGUCACAGGCAAGCACAUCAAAAAAGACUUUAAAGGUCCAUCAGGGAGAUGUGUCCUAUGCUUCUCUUGAUCUUUCAGCAAAUAAAAAGCGUAAGAAGAAACGAAAAUUCCAAAAACAGGCUCAGACCCACCAAGCUCAGACACAUCCACAACCUGUUUCUCAGCAGAACUGUGAGGACCAGGACAUUGACGCAGACAUCACCCUCCCAUCACGAACCAGCAGUCUCACGGUUUCACGGCAUAGUAUCUACCUCAACAGCCAUCAAGUAGCCCUGGAGGCAGAGGAGAGAGAGAGGGAGAGAGAAAGGGUGAGGGAGUUAGAGAGGGAGAGAAAUGAAACUGAAGAGUUUGAGUUAAGAAAUUCACAUGAAGACUUUGACCACUCACUCGGCAGAUCAAGACAAAGUCUGGAAGAGAAUAGUUAACAAAACUUUUGCAUCCUUAAAGAUGAAACAUCAUACUGUGGGCGGAGCUGUCAACAGCUCAGAUAUCACAAAUAAGAACUCAUAGUAUAAUGCAAAGGUCACAAGGUUUUGGGUGAGAAGUGAGGAAAUUGUCACACAAUUCUCUGCCUUUGCAAAAGCAUAAAAAGGAGACCUUUUAUUUUGAGGAUGUGUUAAUAGAGUUCGCUAUAAUGAUGAACUUUUUUGUUGUUGUUGCAUGUGGAAACUUUUAAUGUUGGUCUGUUAUGCAAUUGUACAUAUAUUAAAAUGACAUGCUAGCACAUAUUUCUCUAUUGUUUAACAGUUAAUAAUUAAUAAAAAAUAAUGAAUGAAUUAAAGAUUGUGUAUACAUUCAUGAUUAAAGGCUUAAUUCAAUU